AUGAACACUAUGCCCUGUGUCCCUGAGACAUCUUCGUCAACCGAGGGGUUUGCCAAUGACCGGAGCGAUAGUUACAAGUACAACUCCAACUAUGGUCAAGGCGCCUACACAGCGUGCAGCCCGUCGCUUGUCAACUGGAGCCCCUGCCGUCCCGCCUCCACCCAAACUAUCGUUCCCGCCGUCGCCGCCCAACACCACCUGUUCUUUCACCCCCAGGAACAGCCUUCAGUUUCUGGUAACCUCAAAAUCCCGAUGCAUAUCUCACCGGACGAAUUGGUCACAAGAAGCAUGGAUGGCCAAGGGCAUUACGACAAUAGCGUCUUUCAGCAGAGCUUCUGGCUGAAUCGAUGGGACAGCGGAUCUCUUCAGUGCUCCACCAUGAUGGAAAGACCAACCCAGGAUGAGUUCAAAGCUAUAGACGCUUCCGUGUUCCAACACCGUAGCUCACCGGUGUCCUUUAUGGAGGGUUCCGUGGUGGGGCCGAACGUUAUUCCGGAGCUGAGCGUGGUCCCGGAGCUCGGACAGCACACUUUUUCUGCUACCGGUUCGCCACUCCAGGAGAAAGUCAAACCUGGGAAGCCCUACUCGGCGCUUAUUCACGAAGCCCUGAAGCAAGCGGAUGAUCACACCAUGACGCUACGGGAGCUGUAUAAGUGGUUCAGGGAUCACACUGAUAAGAUAAAAAGGGAAGGCGACACUGGUUGGCAGAAUAGCAUCCGUCACAACCUAAGCAUGAACAAAGCAUUCAAGAAAGUCGAGGCAGGCCUGUCGAAGUGGACUCUGGACCCCGAUUACAUCAACAAGAUCCAGCCAACGACACAAUUCCGUUCUGGCAACCGAACUGGCUCCCAAAAGAGCCCCUCCCGACUCAGACGUGCCCAUAACGGCGGGCUUCGUAGACGAAAAGACACUUCCCCCGAGAAUACUACGCCACAUCGAAAAAGAAACAGACAAGCGCCAACGACGGGCGGCUGA